CCCGCCCCUCCCCGCCGGGGCGGGCCGUCUCCCGGCGCGGCCGGGCCGCCAUGCCGGGCGCUCUGCUGCAGGGCCUGGGGAAGUGGUGGCGCCGCUACAAGUACCGCUUCGUACCUUGGAUCGCGCUGAACUUAGGCCGCAACCCCAGGACCCUCCGGUAUGUUCCAGUGGAACUGAAAGACAAAAUUAUCUCCGAUGAAUACGUCCUAGAAACAUUACUGAGACUCUUCCGGGCUCUGUUCAUCAACGAUUUCUAUAAACAAUCAGACGUCCUGACUGUGCUGCCAGAGCCUGUUCAAUCACAAUAUCACGACCUCCUGUCAGUCCGGCAUCCAAGGGGGAGCCCGCCUGAAUACAGACAUCACGGGAGUCACAUCGUUAAACCAGAAGAAAUUCUGUACGAGACGCUGGGUUUCAGUGUUGCCUGCACAACCAGCUCCUUGGUCUCUGCCGGAAGAGGGGUCUUUGUUUCCAGAGGAUCGGCACCAAAGGGCACAGUUGUAUCCAUGUACCCUGGUACAGUGUAUCAGAAAUACGAGCCAAUCUUCUUCCAGUCUAUUGGGAACCCAUUCAUUUUCAGAUGCUUGGACGGCAUACUCAUUGAUGGGAAUAACAGAGGAAUAUCAAGAGUCGUGUACAGAUCUUGCACGGGAAGGGACCGCCUCGGCCCGCUGCAGACAAGCGACUGCACCUGGCUGACGGCGGAUGCGCAGAAUCCGCUGGCGGUGGGGCAGUACGUCAACAACUGUUCCAACGAAAGGGCCGCCAACGUCUGCUACCAGGAGCUGGACGUGCCCACGGCCUUCCCGGUGGAGCUGAAGCAGUACCUCCCGAAUGUCGCCUAUGGCUGCGGCCAGCCCAGCCCCCUGCGGUGUGUGGUCCUGGUCGCGCUGAGGGACAUCGGGCAGGGAGAGGAGCUUCUCUCCAACUACUACACGGUCGUCGGCUGACGCUCCGGAGGGGAGACCAGGUCUCCCGCUCAGCCCCCGAGUUGGUGUCGGCGUUUCUGGUAGUUCUCCCUGAGCCCCACCUGCAGAGCGCAGUGCUGAGAGCUGAUCGGAGUGGGGACUUUUUAUCUCUAUUGAUAUUUUGUUUAUGUUUCAAGUCCACGAUAAAAGCUGUUUGCUGCAUUACAGUGUCAAAUUUCCAAGGCAAUUCUAGUUUUAUUUCAUUCUCACCUAAAUACACCGCAGCUUAUUAAAUUAAAGCCUACUGCCCGAACUUA